UGGAAGUUGUUCGACCAGUUCUUUACAAAGUGGAAUUUGUUUCCUCCUGGAUUUUUUUUUUUAAAAUUUGACUUUCAUUUUAAUGUCAUAUCUUCUUUCUCUAGAUUAGCAGGCACCUGUGACCUGUUUUAUUCCCUUUAUUCCAACAACUUCCACAUCCUAGAAUUAUUUGUGGGAUUUGCACCAGAAUGGUGGAUUAUUUCCCAGCUCUUUUUUAUUAAUUCAGGAUGAUGUUACCGUCACGCUCUUUGGGUUUUAUGAUUCUGGUGGUGGCUUUGAAGACGCUGGGUGGUAACUCAGAGAAAGAAGGCGUCUACAAGAAAGUGGGUGACAAAGUCGUCCUCACACCAGGCUCUGCGCCUGCUUCCAUCACCAGGAUCAAGUGGACACAUGAUCAGGACAUUGCUCUGGAGUGGACCAGACGGGAACCUUACACCUCCUGGCACUUCCGAGAUGGCUGUGAGGUGGAUACCUCCACUGGGGUCCUGACGAUCUCAAACCUGGCUCUAAACGACAGCGGCAGCUACACGGCGGAGAUUAAUGAUGAAGUCAUGAGCACAACAGAAAUCAUUGUUAUCACCACUGUCCCUAAUCCCACUGUGUCCACAUGGUGCAACCCUGAGAUGACCUACUGUAUUCUCACUUGUGAACCCAACGUCACAGACGACGCCAAACCGAUCACCUAUUACUGGGUGAUUGGUGAUAUGGUGAAACAGUCUCCAACCAAUCAGUUCAACAUCACACAGGAAAACAGAGAGCGUUUGAUAAGCUGUCAGCUGGAAAACCCGGUCAGCCAUGAAUACAGUGAAAAAAUCCUGAAUCCACUCUUAAUCAGGAAUCGGGCUUUACUGAGCUUACCAUUUGUAGGGAUUCUGGUGUUCCUGUUUGGCCUUAUUUGUUGCAAAUGCUGUUGUUGUACCCGCAGGACCCGAAGUCACCGCCGCUCCACCACCACCAACACUGUGAGAUAGAGCAGUGCUGGAUCAAACUGUGAUGAUGAGGAUGAAGAAGAGUUGGUGUUACAUAAACCACCGGAGAAAAGCCUUAACUGAUCCUGGAAACACAGGAAGAGAAUAAUACGGAGGGGUCAGAGGACCAAAAACAAGAACACCCUCAAAAUAUAUGUAUAUAAUUUAUAUGAAAUAAAUAAUAAAUAUAA